GCGGGCGGGUGGGCGAUGAAUGGGUUCAGCACCGAGGAGGACAGCCGGGACGGGCCGCCCGCCGCCCCCUUUUACGGCCAGAGCUGCUGCCUCAUCGACGACGGUGAUCGCUGCGCGCGGCCCGCGGGCAACGCGUCCUUCAGCAAGAGGAUCCAGAAGAGCAUCUCACAGAAGAAGCUGAAGCUGGACAUCGACAAAAGCGUGAGACAUCUGUAUAUAUGUGAUUUUCACAAGAAUUUUAUUCAAAGUGUCCGAAACAAACGGAAAAGGAAGACAAGUGAUGAUGGAGGCGACUCUCCUGAGCACGAGACGGACGUCCCGGAGGUUGACUUGUUCCAGCUCCAAGUGAAUACUCUGCGACGUUACAAGAGACAUUAUAAGCUGCAGACCAGGCCUGGACUCAACAAGGCUCAGCUGGCAGAAACUGUCAGUCGACACUUCAGGAAUAUUCCUGUGAAUGAGAAAGAGACUCUUGCUUAUUUCAUCUAUAUGGUGAAGAACAACAAGAGCAGGCUGGACCAGAAAUCAGAAAGUAGCAAGCAACUAGAAUGAAGAGUAACGAGACCUGGAAUAGGAGAGAUCUUGAAGGAACACGUGGUAUUGUGCUUUUUAGAUAUAUAAAAACUUUUGAAGUAUAUUGUAAUUUUUUUUUUUUUCUAAUGCAGUAAAUCUGGAUGAUGGAAAAGUAUAGACAGUUCUUAUCAGGAAUAUCUGAGAACACGUGCACACCAUUUGUCUGAAGACUUCUCAUUUAAAACUCACGUUGGAAUAAAGCAAUGACAAUAACAAGGAAACAGAGUAAACUUAGGACUGCGGAAUCUGUUAACGUAGUGUUCCAAAAUCUUUCUGGAAAUCUACAUCUCAAUGCAGUUUAGGUCACGGAUGGGGUUUUUUUCCCCUGAAUUCAGCUGUCUCACCAAACGCCAUGCAGUUUGUUUUCAUGCAGGACUGGAAUAGCAGCAGAGAUGAAAUGCAUUGUCGAGGUGCGUGGCUCAGCAGUUUGUCUGAAGCUUGCUCCCCACACACACGUGCUCUGUCUUGCCUUGAGGCAGUGCUUCAAGUCUCAAACUUCUAUGAAUGCUCCAGCUCACCAACUCUACUCCACUGAACGACUCAACUAGACUGAAAAUUGAUUUUUUUUUUAUUUUUUUAUUUUUCCAUCUUCCCUUUCCCCCUCUCCCCCCAAAAUGGAAGCCAAACAACUUUCUGGAAUCUUUUUUUUCCAUUUUUUUAUUUUUUUUAAUUUAAGAACUCACUUCUUAAUUAUCUAUAAGCAUUUAAGGAAUUUUGCAGCUCCUCAGAAUGUGGUAUCAAGGCAAAUUUGCUGGGAAUGAUCAUGUUGGUAGAAAGGCUCUUUCACUUCACUUCUGUGUGUUUCCCUUGUAUUCAAGACUUAAUGAUAGCAGGUGAAACAGUGGGUUGUUAAGACGUCUGUCUCUUAAUCUCUAUGCCAGAUCAGGUAUCGAUCAGAAGCAGUGUGACUUUUAUACUGAUGCUGGUGUUUAACAGGUGUCACAAAACUGCAGUGUGGGUCAGUGUGCUCUGCUUGGUGUGAAUCAGACUUCAGCUAAUGGAUGUAGCACAGUAACCAAGGCGAUGAACUGACUGGAGAGUGGUGCAUUUCAUCUGUCUCUGAAUGACCAGAAGUAUGGAAGCACUUUUCUCUUGUGAGCGUUCCUUGUGCUUUGCUAAGAGUUCUGUGACCUGGAGGGUGGAUUGCUGGUGCUCACAAACAGUGCUGUAGACAGAAAUAUCUCUGGUUUUGUUAUUUAAAGCCAACGUGUCCUUAUAAACAACGCAGUGGUUAUUUUGGCUAAAGGAGCUGAUGAAAUUGUUGGUCACGUCUGCCUGCUCUCCAGUGACCUCAAGUUCUAUACAAGGGGAUCUGCUGUAAAGCACCGCUCUGUGUUCAUGCUGUCCCAACCAUUGUCUCCAUUCUGUCGCAAGAUGCCAAGACUCCACACACAGAGUAUAUUCUCAACAAGCCUUAAGCACUGAACUCAGCAGUUGAAAACACUGGCUAGCAUUUUAGUCACCCGAAUCUAGACGAUGCUGUGUUGAAGAACAGAACACGCGGUCGCAGUCCCAGCUUGACACUGCAUCAGAUGUUUUGUAAGGCACGAGUGAAGCUCUCCCAAGGUCUCUCAAAAAUGAAGUCACAAUUUAAAGCAAGGUGUCCACAUCAGCUUUGAAUGGUGUGCUAAAAGUCUAAGGAGAUGUUAAAUGAGCUUCAGCAUGUAUAAGUUCUGUGUCAUAGCCAGAAAUAACCUGUUAUGCUACGUGCCCCAGUUGUGAAGUUUUGGGAGCGUGGUGAUUUCAGCAUUUCCUCGUUCAGAUCGAUGUGAAACCGAAGAACAUGGAAUAGGAGAAGUAUUUUGUGAAUGUCUCAAAGUUUCUGACUUAUGGUGAUCCUUACUGGAAGGAUGGAGCAGCUCCCACAUCAGUCAGUGAGAUCUGGCUUCUCUCAUUCAGGACAGAUAGCUAGAAGGGUAUUUUCUCUGACUGCGUGUUAAUAUUCAAAGUGCUCACGUAGUCAGAGGAUAUUAUUAAGAGAAAAUGAGUUUCUGAGUUGAGAGUUACGCCUCAGCGUGACUUGUAGACCAAAACUGUAUAAAAAAAAAAAAAAAAAAAAGUAUAGUUUGUUUGGGGUUUUUUGUUAUUUGUUUUAUUUCUAGGAUUAAAUACAUCUGUUGGGGUGUUUUAGCAGCCAGCAGCAAAAUGAUUCUUUUUGAGGAAAUACGGUGGCAGGUUCCAUCUGUUCAGGUGUAUUCACUGGAAUGCUUUAUGCAGAGGUGGUAUCCAGGAGUUUGUUUUAUUUUAUUUUUUUUCUGAAAAUAGUCAAUUGAUGUAAAAUGUGAUCCUUGGUUUUGAUCUUAAGCAAUUAUACUUUUUUGGAAAACUAAUAAUAAUAGUGAUAUGUGACGAUGAAGUGAUGUUUACCAGCCAUUAGCAGUUGUUUAUAAGGUGGGAGACUUAGGGGCAAGAUACCAAAAAACAACCAAACAAACAAAAACCCCAAAAGAAUCUUUGGCUGUCAGACCCCAUAGCCUUAUAAAUCCUUGCGAAUGCCUUAUUGCCUUGUUCUCAACUUAGCUAGAGCAAAACGCCUUGAGCAAAUGAAAGCUGAUGUCUUGUUGGAAGGGUUGGCCACUUUCUGGCUGCCACGCUAUAAACUGAACUCACACGUCAAUUCAGUAGCAAUAUCCAUGUUCAGGGUGCCUGUGAUUCUUGAAAAGCAUUUAGUGUCUAAUAACCAGAGAACGCAACAAUGCAAUUGUCAUUCUGUACAAUACCAUUCUGUGUAUCUGAUUCCUUAUGCUGCAUGCCAAUUAAAAAACUUUCCAACUCUU